AGCUGGUUGCUUUCCAUUGAAUCACAGUCUGCCGUCUGGGGGGGUUUGCAUCAGUUAUUUGCAGUAAAGAGAAUGUGAGAUAUUUUUGAGACAUUGGUUCUGGCAGCCUUUUUUCAUCCAGCACUAGUAGACAACCAUAUGCAGUGGCCAAAAAACAGAAAGCAAGAAACAAGAGGGAAGUAUUAUGUGAGCCAGAUAUCCCGGAUUACUGCUGGCCUCCACAGGUGUUGUGAAUUCCUUUUAAGAAACUCAGGAAAGUCUGUCUGGCCCUCACCAGCCACCAUACAUUGAAGUUAGCUAGUAGCUGCUAAUGUGUAGAGUGUGUGGCUGCACCACUGCUCUUAUUUGAGUACUUUCUCUUUUACAGUGGCAUUUUGCAACAACACAGUCUUCUUUAGAUGUUUAUAAAAGACAAAGCAGACUUAACUUGAAGGAUGAGUGCUUGGAAACACAUCAACCGGCACCUGAGUACGGACCAGGUUGUUUUGCCAUUUUCACAGGAGCCUGUGGAGAGACUUGCAUCCAGAUUGUCCUUCAAAAGAUAUAAGCCUGGUUACAAUCUCCGACAUCACCUCCUGACUCAUAAAAAGGCAGCUUCUGGGGUGGAAAAUGGCAAAGAGGAGAACACGAAGGAGGUGUUGAACACAAGGGAGAUUGACGCCUAGUGAUGCCAGGACAUUGAGCAGCACAAUGCGUGGCACUUGGUUAGGGGUCACACCCCUCAUCAUAAUGGUUCUGCUCAAGCUGGCCCAGGGCCAAGAACUUCCUUUAGUCCCAGAGAUGGGAGUCGCUCAGGAAGGGGCCAGCGAAGAGGCAACCCCAGCUCCCACCACAGAACAAGAGGAUGACAACUCUUUGGGCUACACAGGAUCCCGUCUGCGCCAAGAGGACACCCCACCCCGGAUUGUGGAGCACCCAUCUGACCUGAUUGUUUCCAAAGGGGAGCCAGCCACUCUCAACUGUAAGGCAGAGGGGCGGCCAACCCCGACAGUGGAGUGGUACAAGGAUGGAGAACGAGUGGAAACAGACAGGGACAAUCCCCGUUCUCAGCGCAUGCUGCUGCCCAGUGGCUCCCUCUUCUUCUUACGGAUCGUCCAUGGUCGACGGAGCAAGCCGGACGAAGGUUCCUACGUCUGUGUUGCCCGCAACUACCUGGGAGAGGCAGUGAGCCACAAUGCUUCACUUGAAGUAGCCAUUCUACGUGAUGACUUCAGACAAAACCCUGCAGAUGUGAUCGUGGCAGCAGGAGAGCCAGCAGUCCUGGAGUGUCAACCUCCACGUGGACAUCCUGAACCCACCAUAUCAUGGAAGAAAGAUGGAAUAAACAUUGAUGACCGAGAUGAGAGGAUAACUAUACGUGGAGGGAAGCUAAUGAUCACAAAUGCCCGGAAAAGUGAUGCUGGGAAGUACGUGUGCGUCGGCACAAACAUGGUUGGAGAACGCGAAAGUGAAAUAGCUGAACUUACAGUGCUUGAGCGUCCCAGUUUUGUACGUCGCCCAGGUAGCCAGGUGGUGUUAGUGGACCAAAGUGUAGAGUUCAGGUGUGAGGCCCGUGGUGACCCAGUUCCCACCGUGCGCUGGAGGAAAGACGAUGGUGACCUGCCCAAAGGAAGAUAUGAGAUUCGGGAAGACCACACCCUGAAGAUCCGUCGUCUGACCUCAGCUGAUGUAGGCUCUUACACCUGUGUGGCAGAGAACUUGGUGGGCAAGGCAGAGGCAUCGGCCACGCUCACCGUCCACGUCAUGUCUGUGCCCCCGGCAUUUGUGGUGAGACCAAGGAACCAGGUGGUUGGGGUUGGCAGAACCGUCACCUUCCAGUGCGAGGCCACUGGAAACCCACAGCCAGCCAUUUUCUGGCAGCGGGAAGGCAGUCAGAACCUGCUCUUCUCCUACCAGCCUCCUCAACCCUCCAGCCGAUUUUCUGUAUCUCAGACUGGGGAUCUGACCAUCACUGAUGCCGAACGCUCAGAUAUGGGAUACUACAGCUGCCAGGCCCUCAACAUUGCUGGCAGUGUCAUCACCAAGGCUCUGCUAGAGGUCACUGAUGUUGUGUCAGACCGUCCGCCACCAGUUAUCCGACAAGGCCCAACCAAUCAGACGGUGGCUGUGGAUGGCACAGUGGUCCUCAACUGUGUGGCGUCGGGUAACCCCAACCCUACCAUCCUCUGGAGGAAGGAUGGUGUCUUGGUGUCCACUCACGACUCCAGGGUCAAACAGCUGGACACAGGCGCACUGCAGAUACGCUAUGCAAAGCUUGGGGACACUGGCACCUACACCUGCAUUGCCUCCACACCCAGCGGAGAGGCCUCAUGGAAAGCCUAUUUAGAAGUUCAAGAGUUUGGAGUCCCAGUCCAGCCAAACAGACCUACUGACCCAAACCUGAUCCCCAGUGCCCCUUCUAAACCUGAUGUCACCGACGUUACCCGCACCUCCAUCACACUCUCCUGGAAGCCUAAUCUUAAUGCUGGAGCCACCCCCACCUCCUAUAUAAUAGAGGCCUUCAGUCAUGCAUCAGGGAGCAGCUGGCAGACUUUGGCGGAGCAUGUGAAAACUGAGUCAUUUGUACUGAAGGGCUUGAAGUCCAGUGCAGUCUACCUCUUCUUAGUACGGGCAGCCAAUGCCUAUGGGCUGAGUGAUCCCAGUCCUAUUACUGAUGCUGUGAAAACACAAGAUAUCCCUCCCACCAGUCAGGGUGUGGACCAUCGUCAGAUCCAAAGGGAGCUGGGAGAGGUGGUAAUCCACCUGCACAACCCCACCAUUCUCUCUUCCUCAUCUGUCAGGGUGCAGUGGACAGUGGAGCAGCAGUCACAGUACAUACAGGGCUACAAGGUGAUGUACAGGCCUUCCCCAGAGGGGCUGCAGAGGAGUGAAUGGGCUGUGUUUGAGGUGCGCACACCUGGGGAGGACAGCGCCGUUGUGCCGCAGCUUCGGAAGGGAGUCACGUAUGAAUUCAAAGUCCGCCCCUUCUUCAAUGAAUUCCAGGGAACAGACAGCGAUGUCAAAAUUGGCAAGACGCUGGAGGAAGCCCCCAGUGCCCCUCCUCGUGAGGUUACAGUGACGGAGAGUGGGGACAAUGGGACCGCCAUCGUGGUCUCCUGGCAACCCCCUCCAGAAGAGGAGCAGAAUGGGGUGGUCCAGGAGUACAAGAUUUGGUGUUUGGGGAAUGAGAGUAGGUACCACAUCAACCGGACAGUUGAAGGCUCAACCUUGUCCGUGGCGAUUCCCAAUCUGGCCCCAGGGAUCCGCUACGGUGUGGAGGUAGCAGCCAGCACCGGGGCAGGUCCUGGGGUCAAGAGCGACAUCACCUUCUUCCAGCUUGAUGCAUCUGGGCGGAUGACCGAGACCGGGCCCACGGAGAACCCGCUGUCCCAGCAGAUCUCAGAUGUGGUCAAACAGCCAGCCUUCAUAGCAGGCAUAGGUGCUGCUUGCUGGAUCAUCCUCAUGGUCUUCAGCAUCUGGUUGUACAGACACCGAAAGAAAAGGAAUGGCCUCUCCAGCAGCUAUGCAGGCAUACGCAAAGUGCCAUCCUUUACUUUCACACCAACAGUGGCAUAUCAAAGAGGUGGAGAAGGUGUAAGCAGCGCUGGAAGGCCUGGUUUGCUAAACAUUGGGGAAUCUGCCACUCAGCCCUGGCUGGCUGACACAUGGCCCAACUCCUGCUCCAACCACAACGACUGCAGCAUUAACUGCUGCACUGCAGGCAAUGGCAACAGUGACAGCAACUUGGCAACAUACAGCCGACCAGCCGAUUGCAUCGCCAAUUAUAACAACCAGAUGGAAAACAAGCAGACCAACCUCAUGGUGCCAGAGUCAGGAGUCUAUGGAGAUGUAGACCUGUCCAACAAGAUCAAUGAGAUGAAGACCUUCAACAGCCCCAACCUGAAAGACGGACGCUUUGUGGGUCCAGGAGGCCAGCCAACACCUUACGCCACCACCCAGCUCAUCCAGUCCGCCAUCAUGGGCAACAAUAUAAACUCAGACAGAGGAACUGGAGGGAGUGGAGGCGGACCUGGGAGUGGAGGCGAAGUGAAUGAGAAACACUGCUGGAAGCCCACCUCAGUCCAGCAGCAGAAACAGGAAAUGGGCUCCCAGCUGCAGUACAUCAUCAUGGAGCAAAACAAGCUAAACAAGGACCGCUACAGAGGAGGUGACAGCCCUAUGCCAGCCACCAUCCCUUACAACCAGACCCACGACAGCCACACUGGGGGCUCCUAUAACAGCUCUGACCGAGGCAGCAGUAGUACCUCCGGGAGUCAGGGUCAAAAGAAGGGAAUGCGCACCCCCAAACUACCCAAACAGAGCACAAUGAAUUGGGCUGACCUGCUGCCCCCUCCCCCUGCAAACCCACCCCCAAGUCGGAACGCAGAGGAGUACUCUCUAUCAAUGGAAGAAAGCUGUGACCCAGACAUGCAGUGCCCCAUGCCCCCCUCUCACAUGUACCUGCAGCCUGAUGAGCUGGAGGAGGAGGAGGAGAUGGAGAGGGGGCCCACUCCUCCCAUCCGAGGUGCAGCAUCUUCCCCUGCCGCUGUAUCUUACAGUCACCAGUCCACAGCCACUCUCACCCCCUCACCCCAGGAGGAGAUGCAGCCGAUGCUCCAGAACGCACCUGACAGCCAUGAACGCAGGCGCCAUGCUGUAAGCCCCCCACCCCCUCCGAGGCCCCUCUCUCCUUCACACACAUAUGGGUACAUCACCAGCCCACUGGCCUUGGACACUGAUGGUAUGGAGGAGGAGGAUAUAUUGGAGGAAGAGGAGGAGGGUGACGAGACAGAUGCAGAGGUGGCCAAGAUGCACUACCACCACACCCACCCCCACACACAUCCUCAUCAUCCCCAGAUGCAUCCACGAAGGUUACUGCUACGAGGGCUUGAACAGACACCUGCGUCCAGCAUGGGUGACCUAGAGAGCUCAGUGACUGGCUCCAUGAUCAACGGAUGGGGGUCAGCUUCUGAAGAGGAUAACGUCUCUUCAGGGAGGUCCAGUGCAGUCAGCUCAUCAGAUGGAUCCUUCUUCACUGAUGCCGACUUUGCUCAAGCGGUUGCUGCAGCCGCAGAGUACUCAGGCCUCAGGGUGGCCAAGUACCCCAACACACAGGGCCAGGAAGUAGGAGGAGCUUCAGCACGAAAAUACCAAAUAAACCCGUCAGGCCACCGUCCUAGCAGCCCAGUGUCUACAGACAGUAACAUGAGUAUGGCAGCUGUACACAGGAGGCCUCCUAAAAAGCAGAAACAGCAUCCUGCAGGCCAUCAAGGGAACCAGCGACGUGAAGCCUAUAACGAAGAUCUCCCACCUCCACCUAUCCCACCUCCAGCGGUGCUUAAGUCCCCUACACAUCCCUCCAAGGCAGCCCUGGAGGGCCGAGUGAUUUCCAACAAAGCAGGUGAGGGUCGAGACAAGAGAGGAGGAACAGGAGGCUAUAAGCCCCGAGAGGGUUCGGACCCCAGAACCAGCUCAUCUGAACGCAGAGACGCUCAGGAGAGACAAAAGACUGGUCAUGGAGAGAAAGGGAAUAGACAUGAGGGUAGCACUGCCAGCAAGACACGCCAACAUGCAGCUUCAGAGGACAUUCUGCCCUAUAGCCGACCACAGUUCCCCACAGUCAACAGCCCGCGAGACCCAAGUUCCUCCAGCUCCAUGUCCUCAAGGGGCUCAGGGGGCCGACGGAGAGGAGAGGGAGGCCGCAGGAACCCUGCAGACAUGGGCCUCAUCACCACGGGGGCCUUACAACCAGGAGAUGAAGAGCUAGAGAUGGUAGAAAGCUGAAGAACGGAGGAGACAAAGGAGGAACUGUCCUGAUUUUUCCGAGAAUGGAGCACCAUUGUUUCUCUUACAAUUUUAAAUCUCUCAGUAUUUCACCAUCAUGUUGGCUGCCAUCAUACCGUACAUCAGUAGUGUUUCUUUACAUCUGGAAAACAGACCAAUGGUUUUUUUUCUAACUAUUCAUUUUUUAUGUCCAUUUGAAAAAAAAAAACAAAAACAAAAAAAGAAAGCGUCUCUGAAGAUAAAAGAAUGGUGCAUUCAAAACAAAAUACGCAGUAGUAUAUUUAUGUUUAAUUCCAAUGCAAUAUGGAGUGAAAUCCUACUCCAGACAUUGACAUGACUCGGCUUGCCUUGAAAAGAACUUUGGAGAGCCCACACAGUCAGAUGUUACUGUAAUAAAAUAGCUGCAACAGGGGUGGACUGUAAAUAUACGUGUAUACAUGAUGUCCUCUUGUUUUACCCAUUGUGGUACCUCAAAUUUGUCUUCCAUGUUUUAUUUUGCGAAUUCUAAUUUUAUUAUGCCAGUAAAUAUAAAUAUUAUUUUAUCAUUUCCAUUCAUGUUGUAAAUUGCAAUAUUAUUUAGCUGCCCCAAGAAAGUGCCACUUUGGGAUUUUUUUUUUUCCUUUUCAUUUGGUUUUUUGUAAUGCACUGUUAUGUUUCGUGUUGUCGUUCAAUGUUUGUUAUUUGUUUUACUUUGGUUUUAAAAGCACAAUCACUAAACUUUAUUUUAAACCAUUCUAUCUAUUAACCUUUUUGUCUUACUGGAGGAAAACAGGUAUGACAAAAGAGUCUAGUUAAUCCUGAUGAUGGUGAUGAUAACGGUGUAGGUAAAGGUUGCUGUUUACGAAGGCUGUGCUUGAAAGGAGACUCCUUGCGUUGUGAUUGUCUCCCUCUCCAGUUCUGACGCUAGCUCAAGUGAUAAAACAAACAGUUAAUGUGAGUCAUAGCUGCAAUGUAAAUAUCUCUUCACAUUGACCAUAAACUCAGCUAUUGCACAGUAAUUGAAAUGGUAAUGUUGUCUACUAAUGCACUUAAAUGAAUUUCAAAUACAGGAAAUAAGAGUCACUUUGGGAAUUGGAGAGGUUGUUAUUGGACAAGAAGGGUCUCUUUUCUUGACAAGACAGGGGUGUUGGAUCCCUGUUUUUAAGGAGAGAGGGUGCUGUUGUUUAUUCAUAGGACAUCUGCAAACAUUUGUUUCGUAAAGCAAAAAGUAAAAAGAACUAAAAAAAUGAUUAAUAAAAAAGUUCAAACUAUACAUGUGACUUUGGUCAUUUGUCAAUAUUUUCUGAAAGAAUAAGGGUGUAUUCUUCUAGAUUUGUCUUAAUAUCAACAAAUUCCACAAAAGCCAAACCAACUAUGCAUCACUCUCUCACUCAACAUUUUACCAUUUCUCUAUCCAGUCUGUGGCACUCAACCCCAAGCCCAUUCAUUCCAACUGAAGACACAAAUCUUCAAAAAACUUCAACAAAUAACCCAUAAUAAUAGCCAUUCGAUUUUAAGAAGGUACAUUUCCUAAACAGCGGGGCACUGGUGGUUUUACUAAAACUGUAGUAU